GAGAGAUUUGGAUUAGACAGCCUUUUUAGCCCUCUUCUCAGACUUCAGUCUUUCUCAGCAUGGAUGUUUUGACACAACAAGACGUGCAAAAGUACCAGGAUGAGGGCUAUCUGGUGCUGGACGGGCUUCUGUCCCCAGAGGAAUGUGAUGCUUUACGGGUACGAAUGAGUGAGAUUAUUGACCGGAUGGACGUUCCUGAACACUGCAGGAUACAGUUCUCCACUGACCACGACGAGCAGCUGAAAACACAGGGAAAUGCAGACUAUUUCAUCACAAGUGGAGACAAGAUCCGUUUCUUCUUUGAGAAAGGCGUGUUUGAUGAUAAAGGAGAGUUCAUUGUGCCAAGAGAACAUUCCUUGAAUAAAAUCGGACAUGCUCUCCAUGCUUAUGAGCCGCUGUUUAAAGCAGUCACCCACUCACCAAAAGUUCAAAACCUGAGUAAGAAACUCGGCUUGAUAAAUCCAGUUAUUCUGCAGAGUAUGUACAUCUUUAAGCAACCAGGGAUUGGUGGAGAAGUGACACCUCACCAGGACGCCACCUUCCUUUACACGCAGCCUCUGGGAAGGGUGAUUGGCAUGUGGAUCGCUCUGGAAGACGCUACGCUCGAGAACGGUUGUCUGUGGUUCAUACCGGGAUCACACAGUGAUGGGAUUACCAGGCGAAUGGUGCGGACACCUAAAGGCACGUUUCCUCUGACUGAUUUCAUUGGCCGAGAGAAGAAUUAUGACGACAAUCUCUUCGUCCCCGCUCCUGUUAAAAAAGGUGGAGCAGUUCUGAUUCACGGGGAAGUGGUCCACCGCAGCGCUGCGAACACAUCUGACGUCUCACGCCAUGUUUACACUUUCCACAUCAUGGAGUCUCAAAACACCGUUUGGAGUCCUGAGAACUGGCUGCAGCCGACAGAAGAGCUGCCCUUCCCUUCCCUCUACACACAACAGGCCUGAUGACACUUGAUGACGUCUCAGAUAUCAGGAGCUUUUUUAACGCAAGGAUAAUAAUAAUCCCUUUAAAUAUGAAAUUUUGUAAAUGGACCAAAAAAUGUCUUUCUUACCAUAAAAUAUGAAUCAUUUUGAAUCAUUCUGUAUAUUUUACCUACAGCCACCACGACAGUGUUAAUAAAAGGCUAGUUUUUGUUA